AUGGUGGCCGUGGAGAAGCAGCUAGAGGCUUCCCAACGCUUUUUGGGUGGGGUGCGUGCGUUGGCGUCCUACGAGGACAUCGAGCAGAAGCAGCUACGGGGGCUUCUCAUUGCCUUGGGGAAAAGCAAGGAGCUGAGCACGACUCAGGCCGCUUCGUUGCUCGAAGCGAUUGAUGCGAGGCUGUGGUCGGAAGCAUCUGUUGAAGAACUGCAGCGACAGGUUGCAGCAAAGACCUCGCAAGUCGAGGGCGAAGGUGAGCGUAGACGAAUGCAAGACUUCAGUCACAUCGUUCAUUUCCUACCGCAGGAGCUGGCGACCAUGAUAUUGGAAGGAAAAGGCACGGCUGACGCAAUCUUGCGAGCGCUGUGUCUGCAUGCUGGCCUUUUGUCACUACGUGUGCCAUCGGAAUACACAAUUGCAACCUUUGUGACCCUGGCGAACUGGAAGCAAUUCUGUGAUGGAAUGACGGAUAAGGAGAAGUAUGUGUUGCUUCAGCGGCAAAAGCACUUUGUGCGAAAAUGUUUGAGUGCCAUGGAUGAUGUGACCAAUCCACUGCCCGCAUUGCCAAUGGAGUUUGGACAGCUACCUGCGCAUCUUCGUGACGCUGCCUUUGGGGGGAGUUUGCCAGUGAAUAUGGCAGAGAACGGUGUGGCCAUGAUGCAAGCAGCCAGGACCAUGCCGAUGCGGGGGACGAAUCGUUCCUUGUCUUCUGCGGCGUCUACGGGACGCGCAAAGGAAGAUAUGACGGCUGAUUGGACUACGCGUGCAAUCACGGCAGCUGUGCAGGGAGCUGUGGCUGCGAGCCAUUCACUGUUAGCGCAUGGUGGGGCGGCAGCGACGGCUUCCAGUGCGACGACAGGUUUGCCAAGUGCAACCAUGGAGGUGCGUCCUCCACCACUGUUGGCGCUGACCAAUGCGCCACACGCAGAGAUGGCAGCGAAGGAGUUGAUGCCGGAUGUGGAUACGUCGACGGGACGUGUGGCAGCGGCGCAGGUGUCAUCGCAAGACGGUGACGAAGGGGCGCAACAUCUACGAGAUGUGGAGUCGCAAUUGGCUGCCUUACGGGCCGUGGCGCCAAAGGCGAAGGCGAAAGGCAAAGCUAAGAGCUUGUGUAAGAGACCAGCAACGAAAGCUCCUCUUCGGAAGCGUCCAGCAGCUGCAAUGGCACCGAAGGGGUGUUCUGACCGCAAGCCUUCCGCAGCUGCGAAGGGAAAAAGCCCUCGCCUGACAUCUACGGGAUGUCCGAUGAGUGCCAAAGCGAAGGCAAAGCGGACGGGUCCCAAGGCGGCUACGGCCACUUCGUCACGUCAGGCUAGGCGUCAAGCCAUUUUGGCAGUGGUGCCCAAGAAGGACGCCAUGGCGGACGAGAAGGACGAGGACAAGGAGUCGUAUUCCUAUGUCUCAGAGGAGGAGGAGUUGCUCGAGCCCGCAGCGGAACCCGCACCGCCACGUGCGGCGUCGAGACCGCCACGCGCGGAGACGAUAGCAGAGGGAGAAUCUGCAGCAGCGCCACGCGCGCGGUCUGCUCCUCCAGGCUGCGCGGCGAAGUCGGCCCCGGCGAAGCAUCGAACGAGGAGCGAGGACUCCAGGGAACCCAGCCCUCUGAUGCCUCCGCCGCUACGUGCGGAGCGCCGAAAGGGGUCACCGAGGCGUGGCACUGCACCGACAGGACCCAUGCGGUCCUUGCCGCCAGCUGGCUUAGAUGAACCGCUGCCAGACGCAGACAACAGGCGGCGUCCACCUGGGGAAAGUGGCGGAAAAGGUGGCAAAGGAAAAGGCCCCAGCGGCUAUGGCAGGCGCUAUCAAUCGUGCCCGCAUUGCUGGCAUGAUGUCGCCGUGACCCCACGCGGGUCAGGGCUAUCGCAGCACAUGUGGUGGAACGAGGCGUGCAUUGCAUGGCAGCUGUAUUCGCAAGGCGACAUGUCUUGGGCAACUGCACAAUGGCGCGCCCAGGAAAUCAAGAGUCGUCGCGAACAUGAGUGGGAGCCGCCUGGUCACGACGAAGUGAUUCCAGCGCGCAGCGCAGCCCAUCGGGACAAGUUGGAAGAGGCACAGAAAGGCGAGGCACAGAUGUUGGACGAGGACGAGACUGACCUCCGUAAGCGUGAUCGUCGCCCGCCGAGCAGCAGCGACCGCUCUGAUGGGGGGGGGCACAAGGCCAAGCGCCGCGGAGGUGAAGGCAAGGAUUUGGUGUGGGUGCAGAUGUCGCGGGAUGUUUCCUUCUCUCUACGGCCAAGUGCCCUGGAAGAAGUCAUCCAUGCGAUGACCGCCACAAAGCCAACGGAUCCGUUGGAGGGGUUCCGGUCUACGUGGCAUGGCGUACGCCAAGCGCUAGAAGACGCCUGCAUCCACGCGAUGCCCUCCGAUCGGCGACUACUGUCGCGACUCAGUGCCUUGCUUCUCUACGGAGAAUGGCAUGCAACGCCAUUGGAUCUUCCGGCUCAUCCGAAGCUACCUGGCUACUGCCUCGUUCCAGCAAAAUUGGUCCAGCAGCCAAGUGCAGACCACUGGAUCUAUCUCCUGCGCUGCAGGGAUUGUUUUGGAAGCAGGUACGCGUCUUCGCGGAAGCUUCUGUGCAGCUUGGCGUGGCACUUCUCUACGCGAGAGAAUCGAUACAGGGAGUUUCUCUGGUGUCGCAGAGCCGCGUGGCUGCUGCGAAAAUUACUGCAGCGCUGGCGGCAGGAGGGGAACGCUAAGUGCGUCAUGUGCGGUCAUGUCUAUGGAAGUGCCCAAGGGCGACAACAUGGCCGCUCCUUCAAAUGUUGGAACUGUCUGAACGUGGAGCAGACCAUACGGCGACACCUCGGCACGACCGCGGACUUGGCCGAGUUCUCCCAAGCGGAGACAGAGAAUUUCUUCCGGGAAGCGAAGAGCGCGAAGGGCACCGAAGGCAAGGUGACUUGGCAAACGAUUCGUGCCACGCUGCUGAGGCGCAUGACUGAGUCCAAGAUCUCCAAAUUCGAGUCCAAUGUUCAGGUGGAAGAAUUGCCGAUGAGUGUUCUUGUGGCGCGUGGCUGGGAAGAGGAAGUCGUGCGAAGGUUUCCUUCCGCGGAGUCGGAAGCGCAUGGUUGUGCCCUCUUCUCCGUGCCGGUGCGCACGCGCACGUGGGGCGAGACGUUCCAGGUCUGUGAGCAAGUGAUCUUAGAACGUGAGAAACAAGCCACGAAGAAGAAGGGAAAGAAAGACGACGACCUGGAUAUUCCAGUUUGUGCUGGCCCAAGUGGCAAAGCUGAGGCCGAUGACAAGAAAGCUGAGCGCAAACAGGCCCAAGAGGCGAAGAAAAUUAGCACGGAAAACGUGAAGAUCGCAACGUGGGCGGCUAAGUGCCUCGGACUUCUGACCCAAGCGGAAACGUCCUUGACCAAGGUGAUUGCCAAGGGAGAAUCGGUGGCAGAGGCAGAACAAGAAGCCCUGAAGCUUUGUCGGGAAAGUCUUGGGAAGGCGCAAGAAUGGAUGCGAGCCGCCAAGGAAGCGGUACGCCUGCAGGAUCAGAACAAGGAGAAAGGGGAAGACGCCCAAGAGGCACUUGUGGCCUUGCCGUGUGACGCGUCCGAUGUGAAGGUUCUGUUGAAGCAAAGCACGGAGGCCCAAAAAUCUCUGCGAGAGAGCUUUCCCAAGCCAAAGGCUAAGGCCAAAGCGGAGGGCACCGGAGGAUCGCAGGUAAUUGCCCGGCUGCGGGAUGAUGGCAAGGGUGUGACCACGUGCCGUGCCCCAGCUGUGAAGUUUCCGGUUGCGCACAAGAUGCUGCAAGCCGUCAAACUUCCAGGGCCUAAGGGUCUCACGGUGCAUUGUAAUUCCUUGUCGAUGCUGGUGGCGGAAAAGGUACAGCGAUCGCCCCUAUAUGCGACCUUGCUGCAAGCAGCUAUGAAGGCAUCGCAGAAUCAGUUGACGCUCAUUAUCUUCAGUGAUGAAGCGAAUCCGGGCAAUGUCUUGCAUGCGAGACAUCCUCGGAAGACAAAUCUAGUGUAUGCUUCCUUCCUGGAGCUACCUGUUCUCUUUGUAGAUAGCAUGUGGUUGCCACUGUCAGCCGUUCGAGCGGACGAUGUGACUACGCAUGAGACAUCCUACGCGGAGAUCAUGCGACAUGUGCUCGAGAGUGUGUGGCAGGAUACCGUGCACGGAGUAACGGUUUGCUUUGGGGAUUCUGCGCAUCUGUGCUUCAUUAAACGUGUCUUGCUCUUGAAUGACCAUGAAGGUCUCCGUAGUGUCACUGGUGCCAAAGGUUCGGCUGGCGUGAAAUGUUGCUGUCAUUGCAUCAACGUUCUUUCGCUUGGACGAGAGUGUCCGGAGGGAUACGUUGAUAUAUCCGAGAGUAGCAUCUCGAAGUUCGUUCAACAAACGGAUGACGGCUUAGCAGCGGUGCAACGACGUCUGGCUAUGUGCCAAUCGAAAAAGGAGCUGGCCCAAGUGGAAACUUUGUUGGGAUGGAAUGCCGAUUCUCUCAGCAAAUCCAUACUCUCAUCUGACUGCUUGUCAAGUUGGAUUCAAAUGGACAGCUUGUAUCUGGACGCAAUGCAUCAAUAUCAAAGUGGAGGAAUGGUGGGUCAGGAGAUUGGCUGCUGGUACACGCGGUUUGUAGAUUGCGGGUACUCAAUCUCAUUGCUGCAGCAAUGGACCUCCCUAGGUUGGUCAGCUGCGCAUGGCUAUCAGCCACCGACUUUGGCAGUCAAUGAAAAACUUUUCAGAUAUGAGCAAGAUUACAGAGGUGACGCCAAUGCGUGCAGCACGAUGUUACCACUUCUUUGGGCAUUUUGCAUCGAAGUGCUACUUGAUGUCGAACCAAUGGCAACUGCCUGCGCGUCUCUUGCGGCCUUGUAUGAUGUCGUUCGUUGUCUCCAACGUUGCAAAAUUGAUGUUGCCAACGGAGCUCAGUUGAUGCCUUUGCAACGAAGACACAUGAUGAGCUUUCAAGAAGCGUACGGCGCUUCACACACAAGACCCAAAGCUCACUAUGCUUUGCAUCUCACUGCGCAGAUGCAAAGAUGGCAGCGCCACAUCGAUUGCCAUGUGGGGGAACGAAAGCACCGUCUUUUCAAACGGUACGUUGGUCCCAAAAUAUCAAAAUUGGAAGGUUACGCCAAGAGCGUGCUGUUGCAUUUGACUGACAUGGAACUUUCCAAUCCGGAACCGAAAGAAAGAUGGACGGGCCAAGUGCUCGGUGUUCUACGUGAACAGCCAGAGACAGCCAAGAGGGUGGGACUGCCCACGUCGGCAUUGUUUGCAAAUGGCAUUGAGAUCGAAUGUGUCGAAUUUGCGCGAGGUGGUGGGCUCUACGUCAAUAAGAGCAUGGUGCAGAACAACGGAACCAUGGAGUUCAGCAGCUGCAGCAGCGGAUCAGAUGGUGGGGGGCUUUUUGUCGCUAGAAUCAUGCAGAACAACGGAACGAUGGCGUUCAGCAACUGCAGCAGCGGAUCAGAUGGUGGGGGCAUUUAUGUCUCUGACGUCACGCAGAACGGUGGAGUGAUGGAGUUCAGCAACUGCCAAAGCCAAGGGGACGACACCAGUGGAACCGUCACCGUCCGCGUCAAUGUCAAGCAAGGAGAAUCCAGCAAGGAAGUCUCAAAGGAAUGUUCCGAGGGCUGCGUGAUGCGUCACGAAAUUUUUUGGCUUGCUGGUUGGAGCAGUUGUCUUCUACGACCACCGCUUGCUGUAGCGGGUGGGGGACUCUUCGCAAACGUCAUGAUGCAGAAUGGAACCAUGGAAUUCCAGAACUGCAGUAGCCAAGUGGAUGGUGGGGGCCUUUACGUCUCAGAAAUGACGCAGAACGGAGCCAUAGAAUUCAAGAAGUGCAGCAGCAAAGAGAACGGCGGAGGCCUUUACAGCUCGGAGCUGCAGAGCAACGGACUUCUGCGCUUCAGCCACUGCAGCGCGCGCGAAGGUGGGGGACUUCAUGCCAGCACCGUAACGCAGAACAACGGAAGCCUUGGGUUCAGCAACUGCAACAGCCAGUGGAAUGGUGGAUGCUUUUACAGCUCGAGCUUCACGCAGAAAAACGGAGGCGUUGGCUUCAGCAACUGCAGCAGCCAGCGGAGCGGUGGUGGCCUGUACGUUGCUUCGGAAUACGACUUCCAACACGGCACUGCCUUUUUCCAUCAUUGCACAGCAAAAGAGGACGGUGGGGGCCUGUGGGUAUCUCGCUUCCAGCAACAGGCCCCAGUCUCCUUCUACAACUGCAGGGCAGCAAUUGGUGGAGGCUUAAGUGCGAUCAGGAUCAAUGGAACGCAGCCCAUGAAUUUUCAUGAGUGCCGGGCCACAGAAGCAGGCGGGGGCCUUCUGCUCCAGGGCCUUGAAGGCUCCUCUGUGGACCGCUUCCGCGCGGAGAACUGCAGCGCAGCGCGAGCUUCAGCGAUUCAAGCCCGGAACUUGACGAUCAAGAGCCUGGUAUUGGUGGACACUUUCAAUCAGACUGUUGACGCAGUCAGUCUGAAAGUGUCCACAACCAGUUUCCACGUCAGUGGAACAAAGCCAGACCUCUCUAUGGAGGUGGUGGACCUGCAAAUUGACUCCGAUGUGGACUGCAGCAAGCUGCGUGAGUGCCGUUUGGUCGUAACAUCAUCAGCUCCAAAACUUGGCGGUUUUCAAUGCAGCCUUGGUGCUGGGGUGGCAGAACAUCCGGCUUUUGGAUGUUUGGCAUGUCCUGAAGGCUACACGCAGAUUGAAAGCGUCACGAAUGGUCCCUGCCGCCAUUGCCCCGAAGGGGCGUCCCUUUGCCACGCCGCCAAAAUUCAGAUGAUGGAUGGCUUGAUGCUCCACGAAGGGAACAUCAGCCGGCCCCUACACUGUCCCACCAAGGCUGCCUGUCGUGGUGGAGAACUUCCCAUUACUGACAGCCGCCCAAUGUGCCAGAAGGGCUAUGGUGGAGAAGGCUGCGCCAGUUGUGUGAGAGACGAAGGCACCUUGUACCUGAUGCCCGAUUCCAGCGUGCUUGCGUGUACUCCCUGCGCCCCUGACACUGCGAGCCAGCUUCUGCAAUGGUGUUCUUUCCUUGGUCAACGCGUCGUCCUAUUUGCCGUCUCUGCUGCCAUCAUCUUCCGAGCAGGACAUGCGGACCGUGUGAAGAACAGCGGGGUGUACCUCAAUCAACUCAUGUCCUUCGCAUCAGUGUCGGGCUGCGUCGUCACCUCCGUGAUGCAGACAGAAACUGCUCAGACGGUCAAAAAUGUAGCUGUUGAAUAUCUUUAUGGCAUAGCUGUAUUCCUUUCUGACGCCGUAUCCGGACAAGGAUCCAAUUCGUCCCAUUGCCUGCUUUCCUACCUGGGCUUGGAAGCGACCGGAUUGCCUGGAGUGCAUUGUUUGGACCUUGUGGUCGCAACUUCUUUGGUCCUGCUGUUGUCCUUGAAGGACUUUCGAGUGGCCUUGGUGGCAGGCCUCAACUGCUUUCUGCCUGGCAUCCUGGCAGACAUCGCCAAAUAUGCCGUGUGUUACAGGUUGGAAGAAGAACAAACAGGUGGAACGGACCGUCUGAUUUGCAACCACUUGCCGCACUUGCCUUUCGGUAAUCUUCUUGGCUUCAUUGCAGUUGCCGCCAGUUUCCUCGCAGUUUUUGCGGUGUCUCUAUUUCUGUGGAUCCAGCUAUCGACUUCUCAGGAGGCAACCAAGGAGGAUGAACUUCCUAGCCACGUGGCGUUCCUGACCCGCAAAUAUGCAGAGGGCCGGCGCUACUUCGAAGCCGAGCGCCUGAUCAGGAAAGUGCUUCUUGCCACAGCGGCUGCGCUGUAUCCCAGCACGACCUUCCCAUCGCUGCAGAUGACGUCGCUGACCAUCGUCACCGGUGCGUCCAUGCUUGUGUAUGGCGUUUUCCAGCCCUACCGCCAACAACUGUGGAAUUGGAGCGAACUGGGGCUGCUUGCCACUGCACUUCUUUUGAUUGCAAUGGCUUCCGCUGUGAUUUGGAAUGAGGAGCGAUGGGACAAGACACAGAUUGGACAGAUUGGGAUGAUUAUUACCCUUGGUGGUAUCGUCACAGCCGUGUGUUCUGCCUUCAUGGUGAAAAUCGCUGCGGAAGUCUGGCGUGAACAGCGGCCAGCUGGGUCAUCACAUCCAGCAUGA